UUCUCACCGUAUUUCGUCUCCUCUGUGAUUUUACAUCUGGAUAGAAUUCACAAACUGAUAAGGUCACCCCAAGAAUUGAGUGGCUGGUGUCGCUUACCACUCAAUAAACAAAAAACACGAAUCAACCAUGACUCCAACGCCCACCACCAAACUAACCCAUCCUCAUGGCCAUACUCUCUAGCUCUUCUCUCCUUUGGACCCAUUCUCUUUUCACCGCUACACGCUUUUCUAGACCAAACAAGCGGACCUCCAUUCUCAUGACUGUUCCUCCCACGGCUACUGCUGCAAAAGUGGCGCCGGCAGUUAUUGUCGGCGGUGGAAGAGUGGGAAAGGCGUUGCAAGUUAUGGGAAAGGGAGAUGAUUUGCUGGUGAAGAGAGUUGAACCUGUGCCGCUUGAUUUUGAUGGUCCCAUCUUGGUUUGUACUAGGAAUCAUGAUCUCGAGGCUGUGCUUGAGGCCACUCCUAAACCUCGUUGGAACGAUUUGGUUUUUUUCCAGAAUGGCAUGCUGGAGCCAUGGCUUCAAAGCAAAGGUCUUAGUGAUGCAGACCAGGUGCUGGAAUAUUUUGCAGUUUCAAAGCUUGGAGAACCUCCUACGGAUGGCAAGACUGACACAAAUCCUGAAGGUCUAACUGCAGCUUAUGGGAAAUGGGCAUCUGCCAUAGCUACCAGAUUGCUUGCUGGUGACCUCUCUUGCAAGGUUCUAGACAAAGAAGCAUUUCAGAAGCAGAUGCUGGAGAAACUCAUUUGGAUUUGCGCAUUCAUGCUUGUUGGAGCUCGUCAUCCCGGGGCAACUGUAGGCGUUGUCGAGAAGGAAUACCGCUCUGAGGUAUCAAGCGUCAUCACAGAGCUUGCAUCAGCUGCUGCCGCAGAGAAUGGUAUAACAUUUGAAGAAGCUAUGGAGGACAGAUUAUGUGCUUAUGCUCGAGCCGUUGCUCAUUUCCCGACAGCGGUUAAAGAGUUCAAGUGGAGGAAUGGAUGGUUCUACAAAAUCUCCGAGAAGGCAAUUGCUGACGGAAAACCGGAUCCAUGCCCCCUACAUACAGCAUGGCUUAAAGAGCUAAAAGUUGUGUAGGAUGAUGAAAUCGUAGACUUGUAAGCGUAAUCGGCAGUCGGGUUUAUGCUUGUUCGAGUGUGAUGUAAUCGGAACUUGUUUUGCUUGCCGUGAAAAC